GCAGAGAGACACCUUCGGGCAGCGCCGGGAGCCGAGGGGGACUGGACGGAGAGAGCGCCGGGCGCGCCGGCUGUGGAUUGCUGCGGGGAGCUUGGCUCGACGGCAGCGCCGGGAAGGCGGCGGCGGCGGCGGCGGCGGCGGCGUGCGGAGGGGAGGCUCGCCGGCGGGGCGCCGCGUCCUGCCUUCUCCUCUCGCCUUCGCCCUCCUGGGGCCCGGGCGCCCGAGCCAUGGCUUCCAGCUACGCGCACGUCCUGGAGAGGCCUCCGCCCGCCCUGGCCGGCCGCCUGGAGAGCCCCGGGCACCUGGACAGCCUGCAGGCCAAGAAGAACUUCUCCGUCAGCCACCUGUUGGAUCUCGAGGAGGCCGGCGACUUGGCGGCGGCGCAGGCCGACGAGGGCGUCGGGGAAAGCGGCAGGAGCCUGCUGGAGUCGCCCGGGCUGACCAGCGGCAGCGACACGCAGCAGCAGGACGGUGACCAGUUGAAUUCAGAAGAGAAAAAGAAGAGAAAACAGAGAAGGAACCGAACCACCUUCAACAGCAGCCAGCUGCAGGCACUUGAGAGAGUCUUUGAGAGGACGCACUACCCGGAUGCCUUUGUACGAGAAGACCUCGCACGCAGGGUCAAUCUUACUGAAGCCAGGGUUCAGGUGUGGUUUCAGAACAGGCGGGCAAAGUUUCGCAGGAAUGAGAGAGCCAUGCUGGCCAACAAGAACGCAUCCCUCCUCAAGUCCUACUCAGGAGAUGUGACUGCAGUGGAGCAGCCGAUUGUACCUAGACCAGCUCCAAGACCCACUGACUAUCUCUCCUGGGGGACCGCCUCUCCAUACAGGCCUCAAAGUAGCUUCGAACAUCACUUUCCUCCAUUUUCUCACAACAACAACCCUCUGAGCAGUGCUAUGGCAUCCUAUUCGGCCUCCUGCACCAAUGCCAGCCCUGCCCAGGGCAUGAAUAUGGCCAACAGCAUUGCCAAUCUGAGACUGAAGGCAAAGGAAUACAGUUUACAAAGGAACCAGGUGCCAACAGUGAAUUAGAGACAGCGGCGAGAAGCGACACCCCAGAGGCGGCCAUCUUGUUUUCGUAUUGGAUUCAUAUCCAGAACACGAGUCAGAACCAAACAAACAACCCUCCCCACCCCCAGCAUUGGAAAUAAAAACAGGAUCCAAACUGAAGAGAAAAUGGCUUCCAGCGUAACUCUCCCACCCCCCACAAAAUAUCACCACAAAGGGCAGCCGAACCAGCUGUCUUCAGUGAAGGAUACCAAGACACUUUUUCAUCCUGGAAAUGACUGCAGAUCAAACCACACCAAUUCUGCUCUUGAACUUCUCUUCCUCCCUCCUGCACCUUGAGUUUCUCUGUCUGCCAUGGACCUUUUCUUUUCAGGCCUUCUAAGAAGGAUUUCCAAAGCCUUCCUUCAUCCUCCAAAGCAGGAAUGGUUCAAUAUUAGCAUCCAAGUUUUUAUAUCCUUUGUUGCCUAGAUUUUUUUUCUUCUUGUUACCUAUUUGAAUCCAAAUUUUGGUUUGGAAAGGCUUUGGUCAGACAUAACACCAAAACAUAGUUUAAUGUUAGCUAUGGUUAGUUUGUGAAGCCAGGAUUUGGCUUGCAGAAGUCCGUUCGAACCUUGCUUUGUUGUGGCACUGGUUUCCUUGCUUUGCUCAUUUCCCAGCCUUCCCCACAGACCUGGUUGGCAUCUUGUCUUGUAUUAUGGCAAGUGUGUUGCCAGGGACCAUGCCAGGAUGUCUGCGUUAGUAUGCCGUGUGAUACCAUAGUUUAAUUAACCCACUUCAAAUCAUGCAUUCAGAUACUGGUUUGAUGUACUGUAGAUAACCAUAGUGGAAUGACUCACAUUUUGAAUGAUCACACUAACCAUAGUUAAACUAAAGCAGUGAUCCCCAAAUUGGUGCUCCCUAUGCACCAGUGUGUUUCCUGACAUCCUCUUUGUGCUUCCCCAAAGCAUCUUUUCCUCGAAACAAAGAGCCAAUCCUGGCUUUCUUUUACUUCAUCAGGGUAGGUGUUUCUGAAGAGCCCAAGGUGCAUUACCUCUGGGUUUGCAGGAAGCUCCCAUUAGGGAAUAGCGGCCUCCAUCUUAAGAGGAUGCUUAGCUUGGAAUCUCCCAGUGUUCUGUGAUUAGCCUUAGUUCCCAUGGUAGCCAUUUUGUGGUUGGCCAUACUCCCUCCAUGGCAGCCAUUUUGUGGUUGGCCAUGCUCCCUUCAUGGCAGCCCUUUUGUGGUGGCACAUUCACUACCUGUUUUCAAAAUUCCAGAAGCCCCCACAGGUUCAGUAAUAUCAGGAACUCCUGAACAAAACCAUGGGUUAACAUGCUGGGGUUGGACUAGAUAACCCUAGAGGUACCUCCCAACCCUAUGAUUCUAUGAUGUCUACCAAACCCUAUUCAGAUGAGACAAUUGCUGAUGUGCUGGUUGUAGGACAUGAACACUAAAUCUAAAAGGGAUUGUUUAUUUUAUAGCAGCUUCUAUUGACGCAGGAAUGUACAGGUUUCCAGUUUGUACAGAAUUCUUCAACUUGAUGAGAGCUGGCAAGGAUGGUACGACUAAGUGUUCUGUAUAUUUUUACAGCAUCUUGGAAAAGCCAAAGACGGGUGAAGCCCAGAUUUGCAGGUAUUGACAGUGGAAAUAAGUUUUCAGCACAAAGAGUGGAGGCCAAAUCCAGCUUUAGUCACACGGCAUGUGGUCAUGUCUGGCAUGCUGAAGCAGUUUUUCUUUGGAAAUAGCAGCCAUCUGAGAUUCUGAUUUGGAUGGAGGCUGUCUCAAACUGGGGGGGGGGGAUCUUUCCUCUCACAUCAUUUUGGCAAAUCCACAGAGCUUCUAUUGGGACAAAUGUGCAAGUAUUCUGUUGGUUGCUUGCCUCUUUUCCCCCGAAAUAAAAAACACUAAGGCUGAAUCCACACACCCGGUGAGCGUCCCAGCGUUGCGCUAAAUGUUCGCUAAACACCUGAAAGUGUAGCGUCUUUCUAGCGCGAUUCAGAAAUUGCGGAUUCAGCCUAAUUCUACAGGCCCAUUUCAAAGCGUGAAAAUGGUGUUGAGGGAAAACGAUUAACCCCCCCACCCCCGUUCCCUGCACCGUGGUCCUGAUCAAAAUUGGGUCUUCAUCGCACACACUUAUUAUUUAAAAAGAAAAUACUCUUGGACCUCUGUGUAUUGAGAUCCAAAGAUUACAUGUCCCAUUGAAUGGUCAAGCAGUGCAAUCCUAAGCACGUUCUCUCAGAAGUUAGUUUCAUUGUGCUCAGUGGGACUUACUUCCAAGAAAGUGUGCCUAGGACUGCAGCCUGACCCUAUAUUCCAUUUGUGGUUCCACUUAACUUUCUUGCUAAUUUUUCUUUCAUGCCAUAAUGUUGUCCAGAAUCAUUUGUUUUAUAUAUACUGUAUAUAUUUAUAUAUAUAAGAUAUACAUGCAAGCUUUGUGGGUUUUCGAUUUUUUUUAUUCAACAAAAUAAAAAUGAACAGAAAGCACACUGGA